CGACUGUGUUUUGUGUAUGUUGUGCUUUUUGAGACUUCAAAUAAAAAGAAGGAUCCAGAGGCAUCAAAUAUCUGUUCGAUCUAAAUAUUUUGGGAGAAGAGAAAACUGAGCUAUAUAGGGUUAGGAUUUGUCACCCUCAAUCAAAAUUUUGACCUCUCUCCUCUUUACGCUCUCGGUGCGUCGCCCUCUGCUCUCUGCGUCGCUGUCGCCGCCGCCAUCACGGCAGUAGGAUUAUUUGCUUCCUCUGUGGCGUUAAGGUUUUGGCAAAAAUGAUAGACUUGUUCUUGUCAGACCCCAACCAGAGCGAUGAAGCACACGACCGUGAUUCUAUAAAAUGGAGAAUCUCUUUGUUGAAGGAGAUGGAAUCCGUUAUCUGGUCAGGGAUGCUGUCUGGGGGUCGUGCGGAGGUUCGGCUAUGGCUGUGCAGUAGCAUCGCAGGUGUGACGUGCGUGGCUCCACGCGAUCAGAGAGAGCUCUUUGGGAAUUUGGUGAGAAGUCGAGGUCAGAAGUGUGGCCUUGCCUCCCAUCUUUUGCAUUUGAUGUUCGACAAGUCCCCCAAUAAAGGGGGUUCCAUUUUAGCUCACACAAGCCGCAUACUCCAGAAAUUCUUCCAGGGUAAUCCUAAUCGUGUAUUGCAGUGGUUUUCAUAUUCUUCCUCGGGCAGUGGACUAGAGCAAGGGAAAGGUCUCAAGGCGUUGUCCCAGUUUGCAUUUAAAAACAGGGAUAUUUGCUGGGAGGAGCUGGAGUGGAAGGGAAAGCAUGGGCAGUCACCAGCCAUGGUUGCCACCAAGCCACAUUAUUUCCUUGACUUGGAUAUCCAGCGAACUGUGGAAAAUUUUAUUCAGAAUGUGCCUGAAUUUUGGUCAUCUGACGAGUUUGUUGAGUCGGUCAAAGAUGGUGAUAUUUUUUUCAUUGACAGGCCAUUCUUUGUGCAUUAUUUCAUUAACUUAAUGUAUAAAGAGGAUAUAGGAGAUGUAUGGCAAGUUAUAGAUGAAUUUCUCACAGAGCAUCCCUUCUCUUCUUUGUGCCAGCACCUUCUUAUUACUCUUGACGAGCAGGACCUGUGCUACUUUUUGGAAUUGCUUCGUAAAUCACUGAACCGCAAAGUGGAAUUUCAACAUUUUGAUAAUGUCACUGAUUUGUUUGUGGUUGUACUUUUAAAUUGUGGUGGUACUGGGUCUAUUGACCUGAUGCUACUGUUGAAUGCUGUCAUUACUCAGGGAAGGCAACUUCUACGCCUUUUACGGGAUGAGGAGGAUCCGGAGCUGCAAGCGAAAAUUGGUGACACUGUGUCAAAAAUAUCUGCAAUCCCAAGUAGUGGCAAUAGCUUGACCCCAAUCUUUAAGAAUACAUGCAAGAUGACAACUGUUGAAACAAUAAAGUGUUUGGGACUUCAGUCUUGGGUUCUUUACUAUAGAUUGUCACAAGAAUGCAAAACUCCUGAAUCCUGGGAGUCUGUCUUUAUGAAUAAUCAAAUUGGUUUCCGCCUCACGAACAAGAAUGCAUUGCUAGAUCAUGAUGGACGGUUAAAAGAAGAUUGUUCUGGUUUUGAUCAGAGUCCUUCAGUUCGAUUGAAACGUAAUAAAAAACAAAAGGCCAAAAAGAAGAGGAGGAGGAAGUAUGAUAGUGAUGAUUGUAAUGAUGAUGAGCUGCUGGAUUUUGAUUCUACAAGCCUGGAAUUGGACUUUCUGCACAAUACUAGAAGCUGGCUACUUUCAACUGAUGGAUACACUUCGGCAUGGAGUAGUGCAGAUUUGCCGGAACACCUACAUAGGCAUUGCUUGUGUAGGUGGAUGACAUGGCUUUUAGAAAAAUGAGGUGAAGUUGCUUCAGUGGACCACCGGGGUAUUGUGCCAUCAUCAUCAUUAUCAUCAUUAUAAGCUGUGGGCAAGGGUUAACUUGAUCAGUUGUCUACUUGUGGUAUUUUCACUCAGUUGAUAUCAAGCAUGCCCUUCCGGUCCCCUUUUAUUUUUGUUUUGGAGCUGAAAUUCGUAAUAUAAAAACUCGACUUUUUGUAGAAUGGAAAGAUCAGAAUUCUUUUGAUUAGAAAGCUUGCCCGAGAAAUCUAUCAAGAUUAUUAAACUCUGGGUUCUUUGGGAAGUUCAUGAAGUGGCAAGACCUUGCUGAGUUUCCCCAUCACAAAUCACUGUAGCAUCAACAUUGCAAGGGUUUCAUUCAGGGUGUGAUGAGUGUAUGCAG